GAGGAUUUAAAUCGUCAGAUCUCUGAGUUCCUCGGUGUCUCGCGCGGAGCUGGCCUAGUCGGUCUUCAUUGGUCAUUGGCUAGCGGGCUGAGGAAGGCGGGUUAGGUGCUCGCCGUAACAUGGCCGACGGCGGCGGCUGGCAGCCGCCGCGCCCCUGCGAAGCCUACCGCGCCGAGUGGAAGCUCUGCCGCAGCGCCGGGCACUUCCUGCACCACUACUACGUCCACGGAGAGCGGCCGGCGUGCGAGCAAUGGCGACGCGACCUGGACAGCUGUCUCGAGUGGGAGGAGCGCCGGAGCGCGGAGGCUCAGCGAUCCCUCUGUGAGAGCGAGCGUGGGAGAGUCCAGGCUGCAAGAAAGCGCAGCCUGGUGUGGACCCCGAGGCAGAGCCCUGCAGACUGGCUUCUCCCUCUGGAGGACAAAGACGAGUGACAAGCACCCCUACACGGCUUCCUGCAGUCUGUUUGAAGCGAAGCUAUUGCACGGCCCUAAGGACUCCGCUUGGCCCAAGUAUUCCAGUAGGUACCUGGGAGCUUCUGCCUGGCUUGGAACACGGAGCCCCACACCUCCAGCGCCACUUGC